CUCGCCUCGCUCAGAUGUACGGCGCGGCGAAAGUGCGUGAAGGAGGAAGGAGAGCGCGCUUCUUACGCGGUGCAGCUAUGUUGAACACCGUCAGACCUUUGACCCAUGGAUCAGCGCGACGUUGACGCCCUGCGUUCGCUGUCUUGCGGACUCUGAGAUGAGGAUCGAGCUGAGCAGAGGCCGCCGUUUAAGGAGACGUUCCGCCAUCCCUGUGCUGCUCUGUCCCUGCUAUCUCCUGUCCCCGUCCCGCCUGCCCUCUCAGCAACCGCAGAGGCCUCGGUCAUGCAUGUUAUGAAUAGCUCGACCCCGGUCAAUCAGAAGGAGAGCGACGUCGGAGACGAGAACGUUGUUGCCGGCUUCAUGCCCGCUUCCUCUAAUGUCGGCACACCUCCGGUGCCUCCUCCACCACCCCCACCUGCGGUCCCGCCGCCGCCGCCACCCCCGCCACCGGGCACGGGCAUCCCCAGCCACGGCCUGCGAAAGAAGAGGCGCGUCCGCAGUUUCUUCUGGAAGCCCAUUCCGGAGGAGAAGGUGCGGGGCAGAGCCAACAUCUGGACGCUGUCGGUGCGGCAGCAGCAGCACUACCAGAUUGAUGUGCGUACCAUCGAGGAGCUCUUCGGACAACGCGAAGAGGCACGUGACACAGCCAGCCAAGGAGGCAGGUCCAGAGCCUCCUUCCGGGAGACCAAAGAGGAGAUCACUAUUCUCGACUCCAAAAGAGGCAUGAACGUGGGAAUCUUCCUCAAGCAGUUCAAAAAGUCAAAUCAGGCCAUCACCGAAGACGUUCGCUGUGGCAACAGCGAGCUGUACGGCCCCGAGCCUCUGAAGGAGCUACUGAAACUGUUACCGGAGUCUGAUGAGGUGAAGAAGCUAAGAGCGUUCAAGGGAGACGCCGGCAAGCUCGCCUUAGCCGACUCCUUCAUGUACCUGUUAAUUCAAGUGCCAAGCUUUGAUGUGCGCAUCGAGGCCAUGGUGCUCAAGGAGGAGUUCUCCCCGCUGUGCUCUGGGCUCAGCCAUGACGUCGGCAUCGUUCGUACUGCUACGAAAGAGCUGAUGUCCUGUGAGGAGCUGCAUGCGGUCCUGCACCUUGUUCUGCAGGCAGGGAACAUUAUGAACGCGGGUGGCUACGCCGGCAAUGCCGUGGGCUUCAAGCUGUCCUCUCUGCUGUCGAUGGCCGACACCAGAGCCAACAGGCCGGGCAUGAAUCUGCUACACUUCGUGGCUCUGGAAGCCCAGAAGAAGGACGCCAGCCUGCUGAAGUUCCCUGAGAGGCUGCAGCACGUGCGCAGCGCCGUCCGGAUAUCUGUGGAGAAUAUUGAAGCGGAACUGAACUCGUUGCGAAGCAGGAUGACAUCUGUUGAGGAGAAGGUCCAGAAGGACGCGGAGCUGCUCCAACAGUUGGACCGCUUCCUGGAGCGCUCGAAGGAAGCGCUGCGGGACGUGAACAGGCGUUGGCUCGAAUUGCGGAAGGAGGGGAACGUGCUCAUCGACUUCUUCUGCGAAGACAAGGACACGUUCCGGCUCGAUGAGUGCUUCAGGAUUUUCCAGGAUUUCUGCCUCAAAUUCGAACAUGCCGUUAAGGACAACGUGGAGCGCAAGCAGAAAGAUGCUGUCCGGCGGCUGCGGGAGCUCGAGGAGAAACGCCGCUCGUGGGGAGGCGCUGAGCCGGAUGCGCAGAGCUUCGGCCGCAGCAGCAGCGAGACGGACGUGGAGACGCUGAGCCGUGAGGGACGGACGGACCUUCUGCGGGAGCGUGAGGGGUCGCGGGGGCCUCUGAGCGCCAAGCGCUCGUCCAGUGCCAGACGGUCCCGCCGCUCCACGGAUCCGGUAUCGACUGCCGCGGACCGGGACCUUCACAGCUAUUUGGAGCGCACGGGGUUCGGCAGCCUGCCCCGGCCUGGACGCUCUCCCCGCAGGACCAGCCCUGCCUGGCUCGGAGGCCCCAGCCCACUUCCUCGCACCGACAGGGACGAUGACGACGACAACAACAACGGCGGCAGCGGUCCACCACCAGGGAGUCUUGAUAGCAACAGAGAAGACCACAACGAAAACAUCAACCCAAAGAUCGAGGUGGGAAACUUAGGGCAAAUGAAAAUUAGCGUGGAGAGACACGCUCUGGUCCCAGGUUUGCAAGGGUUUGACUUCGUCAUGCACGGCAACACGCGGCCGAUAAGCCGAGGACAUCUCGUCCUCAACGGUCCGGAGACAGACGGAGGAUCGCCCGCGGGGCUGGUUUUGGAAACCCCUCCAUCCAGUAAGAGUUGGGAGGGGAAAGAGGGACCCAGGAGCGACUGGGACAGGAGCAUUGCUGCAAGGGAUGAGGAAGACGAGAGCAGCACCUUGUCCUCCACAACCUGCGACACACCUCUGCCUACGGACGACACGACAACACCCCCGAAAGACCCCAUUCGAAGCGUCAACGACACGGAUGACCUUAAACCCGAGGGCGAAAACAGCCGACCGGCAGGGGACCCCGAUAAGGACCAGCAGGCACAGCAGAGCGCAGUGUCUCCCAGCGCCAUGUCAGUCUGUAGCAAUGCACCAUCAGCGUCUCCAUCCAGCAGGAAGCACCAAGGAGACAAACCGGCCAACAACCUGUCAGGUUUGAGACCUGCCGGUGAGUCCCCGGGACCCUCCGGCGGCCCCACGUCGAGUCCGAGCCGCCGCACGGUCCAAGGCAAGCGUGCAAACGGGAAGGCGGGACUGAUUUCUGACUCUAAGAGUCCGAGUUCAAAACCCAAGUCCACGUCUAGAGGUACUACCCCCCCAAGCACGGGUUCGAACCGGCCGGUGCGAACACUGCACCCUUCGGAGAAUCGGAGUCUACGCACGGCAGUCACCGUCUCCAACUUAAGCCGCUCUGCAAGCAGUGCUAGCAGGUCUGAGGAGGGCAAUAGUUCAAGGCGGUCACCGCAGGACCGCAGCGCUGCGGGCAGGCGGAGCGAGACAGGAGCCCGGACCUCCUGGCGCUCCGGCCAUCCUGCCGAGGACCCCAAGCCCGUUUCACGGUGGGCCCGAGAUCAGGUCCCGCGAACGCCUUCCCUCAGGAAGCAGCCGGCCAAAGCCACCAAGGUGGUCCCGCGACCGCCACCUGAGGAAAAGAUGUGCCGCUCCACCAUGCGUGCUUUGGCACAAGCCCAGGCUGCCGCGGGGGGCGCCGCCGCCCAGGCCGCUCCCUCCAAAGCCGCUCUUCCCGGCUUUGCCCGCAGCACAGUAGCCUCAUCAUCGCGGCUGAUAAAGGACUCGGCGCCUGCUUCCGCUCCCGCCACCCCGUCCAAGAGCGGUCCCCUUGCCCGCAGUACCUCCCAAAGGCAGGCGGGGAAGUCAGGGGCCCACGGUGCUCCAGAUGACAGGGCCCAGGGACCCCUGAGGAGGGUGCAGAGCAUGAGGGCCACAAGAAGGAGCCCACGGAGCAGCGAGAUGCCUCCUAACCCCAGCCCGCACAACGGCAGCGGCAGCUUCUCGGACAAGUCCGUCCCCUCGAAAGAGUCCAGCGCGAGCAGAGCGGCCAGGCCGUCGUGGAAGUAAAACACGCCGGAUUCUUCCGCUCAUCAAAGUUCACCACUUAUUUACAGCAUCUUUCAUUUCGGCCUGUGCAGUUAUAAUGUACAAAUGAAUUCAGAACUCUGCGAAAAUAACGGUAAUUAGUGCUUCCCCGGGCAAUAUCCUAAGUGAAUUUCUGCAAAAUCUCCUACACGGCUCUACAAGUUUUGUAUAAGGUUUGUUUUUUUUUUGGACCGUGGUGACUGCAAAUUUUUCACGCUGUAUUGAAUUUGAAAUAUUUGUCCAUAUAUCUGUUUGUUCGGAGACUGUAUUGCUCUGAUGCCUUUGCGUACAUGUCACGUAAUAUUCCAUACGUGGAACGCACACAAACAACAGCUCCUUCCCCAGGAAUUCUUUACCUAUUUAUGCUGUAUGGAGCAGAAGGUGGUGCCGCACUUAAGGACAUGGACUUACUGGAUGGUUCCGGGUUUCGUCCAUCCCGUGAGCGCUCCUUCUGUUGAACCGUUGCGAAGGAGCCGAAAACAGGACGUUCCGCUGUAUACACGCGUACAGAUUUCAGUGAUAUCGGAGAUGUGCCCAGUACGCACCGGAAUCACCUCUGGGAGCAUGUGUUCCUGUCGGGACUUUAUUGCUGUACCGUGGUAUAUGUAACUCGCACCCAGCGGUGAUGUGACUGAUAGUGUUUCUCCACAGCUGCCACUAGUGUUCAUUGUUUUUGUCAAGUUGAGCAGUUUCUGACAACUUAAAGAACACGUGCUUUUUUAUAUGAGAUUUGUACAGAUAUUCGAGGAUUAUUUGAAGAUGCUCGCAUCCGAAGGCUGAAAGUCCGUAAGUAAAGUGUUGAUGUGAACGAAGGCCGCGUUUUCGCGUGUUUUGCCUACGGGUUGUUUCUCUGUCCGUCUUUCUUCUGUAC